UUCAGUGGCUUCUAAUUAAAGCCCGGCGCGGAGCCCUCGGGACCCGCCUGACGUCGGCAGGCGCGGGCAUAAGAGGCGCCUCGAGGUCCGAGGCGGGACUCGGCUCCGGCGGGCACCCCAGGCGGCCGCGGUGCAGCGCUCCGAGCGGCCAAGCGGGGCGCGUUCGGGUCCCGCGCGUCCUGGGCGCUCCGCAGGCCGGGGCGCCGCUGGGCAUGGAGUAGCGGGACGCAGCGGACAGACGCCGGAGGACGCCCGCGGCUCCGGGGCGCGGGGACAGCCCCCGUUCCUCCAGCGAGCGAGCUCCGGGCGCACGGACCCUCCCAGCCCGCCGACCGAGCGCGCGAUGCGCGGGCCCGGGCGCCCGCUCCUCCUGGGGCUGCUGUUCGUGCUGGGCGCGGCGGGGCCCGGCCGGGGACUCGCGGAGCCCCGGGAGGCCGCGGACAGGCAGACCCUGCUGCGGCUCAUCGUGGAGAUCAUUCAAGAGCUCAAGAAGUACCACUCGGGCGAGCCCAAGAGGCCGCCGCCCUCGGGGCAGCAGCACUACGCUCCCGGCCGCGCGGAGGCCGCCGACCACCGGCUGUACCCCGAGGAGCAGCGAGCGGAAAUAGUUCCUCGAGACCUCAGGAUGAAGGACAAGUUUCUGAAACACCUGACGGGCCCUCUGUACUUCAGCCCCAAGUGCACCAAGCACUUCCACAGGCUCUACCACAACACCAGAGACUGCACCAUCCCGGCAUACUAUAAGAGAUGCGCCAGGCUUCUCACGCGGCUGGCGGGGAGUCCCGUGUGCAUGGAGGGGUGAGCAGGGGGCGGAGCGACGAAGGAGCCGUGAGAAGUGCCUUGCAGACCAACAGGAAAACAGAACCCACUACCUUCAUACACGUCCCGUGAACAAGAGAUGUAUUUUUGCAGAAGUUCCCAUGAUUCCUGAGUUUUGUAUGUUGCUGACACUGUUUGCGGACAUAUCCAGUAAACCGGCGUAGCUGACCCUCGUCAUUCCAGAAAGCGCCACGUCUGACGUGAGCACCGGGACAGGACAGCGCCUCUCUCCUGACUAAGUGAAACCACAAACAGUGUUUGUUUAUAAACAUAACCAGAUCUGAAACUAUAUUUUCAUAUAGCACAUGGUAUGAUUUCAUAUUUUUAUUACUUUUACAAUUAAAUUCCCAGAAUAUUAUUUGGAACUGCAUGAAAAAUUUUAAAAAAGAAACUCCAGCCGUGUUUUGGAGACAGUGGCGUGCAAACCAGUGAGCACAUCCAGGCUAAUGUCAUUUGUCCUUUGUGUAAUAAAUGUAACAUAGUACCCAGACAUUGUGCAAUAUGUAAAUACUGUAAAUUAAACAUGAGAAAUAAAGUGUUUGUUAUAAUGAAAUCUUCAAAGUGACUUUUUACUUUCCAACAAGUUCAUCAUUGGAAUUCACGAUUUACAAAUCUGGGAAGACACCAUAAUACUGGUAGAGUGUCCGAGAAUCUGAGGCACAAACGAAACGGGAAGGCUACGGAUUCUUGGAAUCAACAACUGCACGACUUUUAAAAGGAGCGCUGACUACAUCCUGGUGGCAUCUUACACCCUAGUUCAGCAGUGAGUUUUUCAGAAAAGUUUGUGCCUGCGUGUCCUGUGUGACUUCGUCAUCAUGAAAACACUAAGAACCACAGAGGUCUAAGCCACUGCAGAUUUUUUAUAGGUGUAUCUGACCAAGUCUGAGUGGCUCCAAUUUAAAGACAGACAAGUGAAUUCAGCAGUGAGUCUGCUCACAGGACCUGUCUGGGUGCAGCCUUGACAACAAAGUGGAGUCCAUGGUUUGAUGAUCCUUAUUGGAGAUAUUAAUACAAACAUAAACAUUAAAGAAAAGCAGCAUUCAGGACUCACUUAUGAACAUUAUGGAACAGAAGAGAGUAAGAAACGUCUCCGCUUUGGGCUAACAAUUACGCGAUGACCGUGGCAGGGUUCAUUUCUGAAGUACUCUCACUUAACCCUACGUUUUGUGGCUAAUUAUGUAACUUCUCCC